AUGCGGGGUUUAUCACGCUAUAUAAGCGAGCUAGAGACAUGCCAGUCGCAUGAGGCGCAGAAUGAAAUAGUGCGUCGAGAGAUGGAACGUGUCCGUUCCAAGCUCACGCACGCAUCCAAGUCAGAUGGCUAUGAGAUGAAAAAGUCGAUGGCCAAGGUCCUAUUCACGCAUUUGCAAGGAUACCCCGUGGACCAGAGCUACCUCGAGCCGCUCUCACUCAUGUCAAGUUCCAAGUACUCGGAGAAGCAGAUGGGCUACCUUGCUUUGUCGAUCAUGCUGCGGGACCGCUCUGACAUCCCCGCCAUGGUACUACCGAUCAUGCGUAAGGAUCUUGCGAGUUUGAAUGAAAGUGAUACGUGUCUUGCAUUGCAGCUAGUGUCUGGGAUGUCCAUGCCGGAUCUGGCCAAGGCACUAGGAGAGGAGGUGCUCAAACUCCUGAUCUCACCCACUUCAUCGGUGCAUGUUCGCAAAAAAGCGGCUCUCACCGCGUUAUCCUUCUUUCGGCUGGACCCUUUGUUUGUGGAUUUGGCUGCAUGGGUAGACCGACUGGCUGUGCUCCUGCAGCACCGACAUCACGGCCUGGCCCAAUGUGUGUCGUCCCUUGUAACGGCGCUCGUUCAACAUGCGCCGUCGGAGUACCCCAUGUUUUAUCGACCAGCUGUUGAGCAGCUCUGUCAGAUCCAGCUCGAGAAGGACCAUCGCCUCGAGUACAUGUACCAUCGCGUCCCGGCUCCCUGGCUCCAGGUGCAGCUGCUAGCCCUGCUUCGCGUCUAUCCCGAAGUGCCUAAGGAGGCACGAGGUGUGGAAGCGAAGCUGCAGAAUGUAUUUGCCAGUAUAUGGAAGCGCGAUACAUUGCAUGCGAUGACGGCUGACGUGCACGAAUCCAAUGCGCUCUAUGCUGUGCAGCUCGAGGCGAUACGUCUCGCGGUGCACUUGGACCCCAGUUCGUAUGUGGUGACACGUUCAGCGGCCCAGGUAGGGCGCUUCCUAACAUCGUCACAGAGCAAUGUGCGGUACUUGACGAUGGAAGUGAUAACGCUCCUUGCGCACGAUAUGCCAUCGUUGCAGCCCAUCCAAACGCACAGUGACAUGAUUUUUUUGUCUCUGAGCGACAAGGAUAUUAGCGUGCGUCGACGCGCCUUGGAUUUGUUGUACGCCAUUUGUGAUCGCACGAAUGUACGGGACAUUGUGCAGCGGCUGCUCGACUACUUGCGCGUGGCGGAGGCGAGUCUGCGUCAAGACAUGACAUUCAAGAUCUCGCUGCUGGCCGAGCAGCAUGCGAGUGAUUCGACGUGGUAUAUUGACACGACGCUGGAGCUCUUUCAUUUGGCCGGUAGACAUGUGGACGAUGCUGUAUGGCACCGCAUUGUGCAAGUCGUGACAAAUCAUCCCAAGGUGCACAAAUAUGCCGCUCAACGGAUCAUGGUGUAUUUGCAGCAGGCGCUAUGCUACGAGACCCUCGUGAAGCUUGGCGCAUACUUGCUCGGAGAAUAUGGAUUCCUCAUAUCAGAUCUAGCGGGCGGCAGCCCGCUAGAUCAGUUUCAGUCACUCCAUCGGCACAUGGCGUCGUGCUCGCCGAGGACGCAAAGCAUGUGUAUGUCGACCUAUGCGAAGUGGGCCAGCGUGUAUCCCGACAUGCAGGACCUACUGCUAGACGUAUUGCAGCGACACACGCAUGUGCUCGACGUUGAGACGAGGCAGCGCGCUGCUGAAUAUGCCAUGCUCAUCCAGCUGCAGCGGCAGGGCCAUGUGGACUUACAAGACGUGCUUGAUGAGCUCCCGCCCUUUACUUCGACGCAAUUUCGCGGGACCCAGGCGCCUGCCAAUGACCUGUUCAAACCAAAUCGCCGCAUUAGUGCUGUACCUGUCGUGUCAUCCGUACGACGUGGCGAGGCGCGACGAGCGUCCCGGCUGCCUGUCCUCUUGUCCGACCCAGACGCGCCGAGUGCAUCGGUCGUCACGUCCCCGGGCCUGUUCUCGAGCGAUGUGUCGGUGGAUCUGGUCGACUUGCAGAGUGUACGCAUCGACUCGCCUUCCUUGGAUUCCGCAAGCGAGCAGCAUCCGUGGGCAUCCGCCUCUGACGUGACAGGUCCGCAAAGCCCCUUGCUCGAGCAUGCGUACCAUGAACCAGCACCCUUUCCCCUGUCAAAUGCACAACAUAUCUACCUCGAUUUGCCAUUCAUGCAGCUGUUUGCCCAUCAGGGCACAUUGUUCGAGGGCCAUGGCGGGCGCCUAGAGUACGAGCGGCAAAACACCGGCGACGCAUCUGUGACAGUGACUCUGCGCAUCCACAACACCGACGUUUUGCGUGCUUUGCACGUAUCUGACAUCCAGGUCCAGACGUCGAUCGAGGCGCAUGUCACGCACCCCGACCGCGUGGAUCCGCAAAGCUCGGUCGCUGGCACGAUCGAGUUUGUCUGUCACAGACCGUUUGACGAAUCGCCGCAAAUGGACAUGACAUGGCGCCGCGAGGCGGACGACACGCACGUACUGCAUGUGGUGCUGCCUGUGUCGCUUGCGACUUUUCUCCGGCCGUGGACGAUGGAUCGCACGACGUUCUUUGAGCAUUGGCACGCGAUGCGGUCGCAACCUGACCAGCAGGCGCAGCGUGUUUGUCGUUAUGCGCAUAUGAACGACCGUGUAUUCUAUGCUGCAGGUCUCGCUGUGCUCGCCGGUGUGGAUGCGCGCCCACAGAACGUGGUGGCUGCCGGCCGUCUUCCCGACGCUGUGCCUGUGCUGGUGCGGUGGGAGCCGAGUCCUGAGACCCAUCUCGCACGCCUCACCGUACGUGCCUCGCAUCCCGUGGCGGCUCAGGCGAUACACAAAAUGGUUCUACGAUACAUGGAUUUGAUGUAA